GCUCCACUACCAGUGCACAGUCGGUGGACUAGAUGGUCUGAUUGGUCGGCCUGUUCUGGAAGCUGUGGUGUUGGAUUUCAUACGAGAACAAGAUCAUGUACACCACCAGCUCCGCUACAUGGUGGACAUAAUUAUUGUGUAGACACUCAAAGGAGACAACACAAUGUUUGAUAGCAUCCUGUCCAUCAUUACCUACACCAGGAGGAAGUUGCCCAGCACAAGCUUGCUGGUUUCCAGGUGCACUGAAAUGUUACAUUCGGCAGGAUUAUUUACGUACGACAUGGCCGGAAGCAGCAACACAUUGCCGUCAACUGCUCCCGGGUGCCAGAAUGUUAUCAAUCAACUCUCAAGAAGAGCAAGAUGAAGUGGCCAGUCAUGUUCUGAAGCAUGGAAGUUGGGCCUGGUUCAAUGCCACUGACAUGCGCACUGAGGCAGUUUGGAGCCAAGGGUCUACUCCUUUGAAAUAUGCCCAUUGGAAUUUCAUGACUAGUGAACCGAAUGGAGGAAGAGAGGAAAAUUGUGCUAGCAUAGAUGCGCGUCGUGGUGGAUUUUGGUUAGAUGCGACAUGUGUAUAUACUCUACAUGUGUUCUGUGAAAGAGAUUUCCUUGUCAAGUAUGGCUGCGGUGACUGGUCCAGCUGGUCAGAAUGCACAGUGACCUGUGGCGGAGGAACACAAACAAAAACUAGACGAUGCGUAUUUGCGAAUGGAAGUUAUGAUGACCUUCAACCCCAGGAGUGUAGUACACAACAGUGCCCAGGCUGGAGCGCGUUUAGUGCAGUUACGCCGUGCAUUGUAUGUGGUGCUCAGCAAGGAAAGCAACUACAUGCCAGAAAAUGUCUUUUGACGGGAGUUGAUGCAGACAACGAAUGUGCAGAGUCCAGCUUUGAUUGGAGAGAUUGCAAUGAACAAACAACACUGGGAUGUACAUUAAUGCAAGGGGUGACAUUGGCAGAAGUACCAGAAAAAACUUGUACAGAUAUAGACGGCAAUCUCACGUAUUCUCUGACACACCGGAAAUGCAUGGAUGAGCUGAACACAUCAGUAUCGUUAGAUGUUUGUCGGCGAGAAAUUGUCCAGUUGUGCUCACCCAUACAUGCUCAAGCGAUAGGAGAAUGUGCUAAGCCAAGUGACCUAGCUGAUGGUGCGUACCACUAUGUAGCUAGUGACCGAGUUGAAUAUGUAUGCAACCAUGGUUACAAGAUGGCGACCAAUGAGACCGAUAACAACUUGCACGUCAAGAAAUGUAUAAAUGGAGAGUGGAUUCCAGACACAGUGAUGUCAUGUGAACCUGUGACAUGUCCCGAUGUAAAGGAUAUACUGAAUGGAGAUUUAUCCGUGGAUUCAGCGUAUCCAGAAGGCCCACUUCCCUUGCACAGCACUGUUAUCUACAGCUGUCACAAUGGCUAUGAGUUUUCAGAUGGAACCAAGGUUCUUACUAGAGUUUGCCAAGCCAAUGGACAUUGGUCCGGUCAACAGCCAGCGUGCGAGGGAGUUUCAUGCUCUGAAUACACUGCUCCGGAACAUGGUUUUUUGCUUCAACCUCAGCUUAAAUACCAGCAUCCAUACACUGUCCACAUUGCUUGUGACUGUGGCUACGCACGUCAAGGUCUGUCGUAUAGUGAAUGCUUGAGCAAUGGCUUGUGGAGUGAUGCAAAUACACCAAUUCAAUGUAUGGUAUGGGAAAGAGCGCAGAAGGCAAUCAGGAGCUCAUGGCGAGAGAUUCAGCGCAAGCUGGUGGGGAUGGUGCUGUGCUUGGGCUGCUCGUGUGCGGCGAUGACGUGGCAGUAUAGCCGGCGGGGGACACAUGGCUGCAACUUGAGGCAGACCAUGGCCACACUUCAGUUUGUACAGUAG